CUCCCCAACCUCCCAUCCGUCUGCCAUGGCUUCCGACCCGUACUCUGACGCCGCCCUCGCCCAGCACCAGGGCUUUCAGUACGAGCGCUACGAGCCCGUCCAGCAGGGUCCGUCCUGCCCCACGCAAGCUAUGUACGGUGCCAUGAUGGGUGGUGCGGUCGGCGUCUCCUUUGGCGUCCUCUUUGGUGGCUACACUGCCUUUGCCAACCGCAUGGGCAUGGGCGACUUUGUCCGUUUUGUGGGCAAGGCUGCUGCUGGCUCUGGCUCCACCUUUGCCGUCUUUAUGGCCGUUGGUGCCUUUGUCCGCUGUGAAGAGGAGCGCAUCGCCAACGAUGCUGCUUGGAGCCACCACGCUGCUCGCGUUGCCGACGCCAUCGACGUCAUCACCGCUCUCCGCACUCCCGACGCCGCACGCAUCAUGCUCUAGGUCGGCGCACUUCCUGUGGCUGCCGCUGCCGGCAUCCUCUUUGCCUGUACGCCAGCCAACUUGCCGGGCUUGUGGCUAGACGCUGUGUCUGGCCCCGCUUCGCUCUGCUUUCUGCCACGCCGUCCCGUCGCCGCACCCGAGCGCCCUGUUCAUGUCCUCCCGUGCCGACCUUGUUUGCGCGCAUCCUGUCGGACCGUGCCCCGCGUACGUCGUGGACUCGCCACCCGCCGCGCGGUUACCUGCUGCGCGAUUGUCGACCGCGCCGAUGCCUGCCGGACAAUUACACACCCCCUU